AAGCCACAGAUGCGGAUGAAGGUGUUAAUGGGAGAGUGUGGUACAGGAUUGUCAAGGGAAACAAUUACAACCACUUUCGGAUCAACCCCAGCAGUGGGCUGGUCAUGCGGGGCAUACGGCACCUGGACAGAGAGCACAAUUCCUCCCAUGUCCUGGAGGUGGAAGCCUACAACAGUGAACAAGGAUCAAUGAGGAGCUCUGUUAGGGUGAUAGUGUAUGUGGAAGAUGUAAACGAUGAGGUGCCUGUGUUUACCCAACGGCAGUAUAACCGUCUAGGACUGCGAGAAACUGCAGGGAUUGGAACUUCUGUCGCAGUUGUCCAGGCAACAGAUCGAGACACAGGGAAUGGAGGUCUAGUGAAUUAUAAAAUCCUGUCUGGCUCUGAGGGGAAGUUUGAAAUUGAUGAGAGCACUGGCCUCAUCACCACCAUCGACUACCUGGACUAUGAGACAAAAACCAGUUACCUGAUUAAUGUCUCUGCCACAGACCAGGCACCCCCCAACAACCAAGGUUUCUGCAGUGUCUAUGUCAGCCUGUUGAAUGAACUGGAUGAGGCUGUGCAGUUCUCAAACCUCACCUAUGAGGCAGUGAUCACAGAAAACAUCCCCACAGGCUCAGAGGUGCUGCGCGUCCUGGCACGCUCCAUUGACAACCUGAACCAGAUCACCUACAAGUUUGAUCCCAACACCAAUGCUCAGGCACUGUCCCUGUUCAAGAUCAAUGGAAUCACUGGUGUCAUCACAGUCAAAGGCCAGGUGGAUCGAGAGAAGGGAGAUUUCUACACUUUAACAGUAGUGGCAGAUGAUGGGGGACCAAAGGUUGACUCUACUGUGGUAACAAUCACCGUUCUGGAUGAGAAUGACAACAGCCCACAGUUUGACAUCACCUCUGAUUCUGCGGUGAGCGUAGCAGAGAACAGUGCCAUUGGGAGACGAAUUGCUGUAGUCUUGGCCAGAGACCCAGAUGCAGGAAGCAACGGGCAGGUGGCCUUUUCUCUGACAUCAGGAAAUAUAGGUACCGUCUUUGAGAUACGCACCACCAACAAUACCUAUGGAGAGGUGUUUGUGGGAAGGCCAUUGGAUAGAGAACUGCUGGAUCACUACACCUUAAAGAUCCAGGCAUCUGAUAGCGGAAUCCCACCUCGGAGAAAAGAGCACACACUAAGAGUUAAUAUCCUGGAUGUCAACGAUAACCCACCAAUCAUUGGGAAUCCCUUUGGAUACAAUGUUAGUGUUAAUGAGAAUGUUGGUGGAGGCACCGCUGUGGCUCAGGUGCAAGCAACCGACAGGGACGUUGGGCUCAACAGCGUCCUUUCCUACUACAUCACCCAGGGGAAUGAAGAUCUCAUCUUCCGCAUGGAUCGAGUCACUGGGGAAAUCGCCACCCGCCCGUCCCCUCCAGACCGUGAGCAGCAGAGGUUCUACCAGCUGGUUGUCACCGUGGAAGAUGAGGGCAACCCAUCCCUUUCAGCCACUACCACAGUGCGUGUCACUAUCCUGGAUGAGAAUGAUAAUGCUCCAGUGUUCCAGCAACAGCAGUAUGAAGUCACCCUGGAUGAGGGUCCGGCCACCCUCAACGCCACCCUCAUUGCCAUCAAGGCACUGGAUCGGGAUGAAGGGCCCAACGGCACAGUUGCAUACGCCAUCGCAGAGGGGAAUAUCGUGGGCACCUUUCAUAUUAACAGCAUUACAGGGCAGAUCUUCACUGUGAAGGAGCUGGACUAUGAGAUCAGCCAUGGACGCUACACCCUGGUUGUCACUGCCACAGACCAAUGUCCAAUCCCAUCACGCCGUCUCACAACCACUACAACAGUGUUGGUGAACCUGAAUGAUAUCAAUGACAACCAGCCUACUUUUCCAAGAGCCUAUGAGGGACCCUUUGACAUCACAGAAGGUCAGCCUGGCCCAAGGGUGUGGACUUUCCUGGCCCAUGAUGGGGACUCAGGGCCUAAUGGACAAGUGGAGUACAGCAUCAUAGGAGGGGACCCUCUUGGAGAAUUUGUGAUCUCUCCGGUGGAGGGGGAGCUGCGAGUUCGGAAGGAUGCCGAGCUAGAUCGAGAAAACAUUGCAUUCUAUAAUCUGACCAUUGCUGCCAAGGAUAGGGGGACACCUCCUCUCAGCUCCACAGUCAUGGUGGGAGUGUGCGUUUUGGACAUUAACGAUAAUGAUCCUGUGCUCCUCAACCUGCCGAUGAAUCUCACGCUCAGCGAAAACACCCCUACCUCCAGCUUUGUGACCCGCAUUCUUGCCCAUGAUGCCGACAGUGGGCGGAACGGUCUCCUGACCUUUAACAUAACAGCCGGCAAUGCAGAAAACUCCUUUUACAUCAAUGGCACUACUGGCAUCGUCUAUGUAAGCCGUCCCUUGGACAGGGAGCAGGUGGCUGAGUACAGAUUGACUGUCACAGUGAAAGACAAUCCUGAGAACACGCGCAAUGCCAGGCGGGAUUUUGACCUCCUGGUGAUUUCAAUAGCAGAUGAAAAUGAUAACCGGCCACUUUUCACUCAGAGCUCUUAUGAGGCAGAGGUGAUGGAGAACUCUCCAGCAGGAACUCCCAUCACAGUGCUCAAUGGUCCAGUUCUAGCUUUGGACAGUGAUCAGGGCAUCAAUGCACUGGUGAGGUACCAGCUGCUGGGGAUGCCAACGGACCUCUUCAUUGUCAACAACAGAACAGGUGUCAUUUUGGUAAAACCUGGCAGAGUGAUUGACAGAGAAGCCUUCCUGAACCCACGCCUUGAGCUCACACUGGUGGCAGAGGAUGUUGGCAAGCUGAACAGCACUGCUAGGCUCACUGUGACCAUACUGGAUGAUAAUGACAACAGGCCAUCGUUUAACCCAGCAGUGGUGACAGUGCAACUGCAGGAAAACAGCCCCCCAGGUUUUUCUGUCCUUCAGGUAAUGGCUACAGAUGCAGACAGCGGCCUCAACCAGCAGUUGAGCUACCGGAUUGAUGGUGGAGCUCAGGAUAAGUUCCUGAUCAAUGCCAACUCCGGAGUAAUCCAAGUGGCCAACAUCACCAUAGAUAGGGAAGAAAGGGAUACCUACAGGCUGACAGUGAUGGCUGUGGAUCGAGGCAUGCCCCCUCUUUCUGGCACUGCCACCGUCAACAUCCUUGUUGAUGACGUCAAUGAUUAUCGGCCGGAGUUCAUCAACCCGAUCCAGACGGUCAGUGUGCUUGAGUCAGCAGUGCCUGGCACCAUCAUCGCUGAGGUCACAGCAAUAGACAGAGAUCUCAACCCCCGGCUAGAAUAUUACAUCAUUGAGAUUCUGGCCAAGGAUGACACGAAUGCUCUAGUGCUGGGCCAGCAAGGAGCAUUUGCCGUGGAUUUUAAAACAGGAGCUGUGAAGGUUAAGUCCUCCCUAAACAGGGAGCUUGUGGCCACGUAUGAAGUCACCAUCUCUGUCCAUGAUAACGCCAGCGAUGUUGUUGACCGUUCCGUCAGCGUGCCAAAUGCUAAGCUGACAGUGAACGUGCUGGACGUCAAUGACAACACUCCCCGAUUCCGUCCGUUUGGGGCCACCUAUUUCACUGAGAGGAUCGUGGAAGGAGCCACACCGGGGACCACCCUGAUUUCCUUGUCUGCGGUGGACCCAGACAAAGGUGCCAAUGGACAGAUCACCUAUGAGUUGCUGAACCUUUCACCAGAAGGCUAUGCCCGACUUGAAGACCUCUCAGCAGGGAAGGUUAUUGCAAAUAGCACGGUGGACUAUGAAGAGGUGCAGUGGCUGAACUUCACUGUCCGGGCCUCAGACAAUGGUUCUCCUCGGAGAUCAGCUGAGAUCCCAGUGUAUCUCCAGAUAGUGGAUAUCAAUGACAAUAAUCCCAUCUUCAGCCAAACGUCUUACCAGAAGCCAGUCUUUGAGGAUGUCCCACUGGGUACGGUCAUCCUGAGGGUCAGGGCCACUGAUGCAGACUCUGGGCGCUUUGCCCUCAUCCAGUACAACCUGGGAGAUGGAGAGGGCAAGUUUGGGAUAAACCCCAACACGGUCUGUGUAUUGCAGGGUGAUAUCUAUGUCCUGUCAGCCCUGGACCGAGAGAAGAAGGAUCACUACACGCUGACUGCUGUAGCAAGGGACAACCCUGGGGACAUUUCUAGUAACCGUCGAGAGAACUCUGUGCAGGUGUUGAUUACGGUUCUGGACAUCAAUGACUUCAGGCCCCAGUUUGCCAAGCGACAGUUCAGCACCAGCAUGUAUGAAAAUGAGCCAGCGGGGACGUCUGUGAUCACGAUGACAGCCAUAGACCUUGAUGAGGGUGACAAUGGAGUGGUGACCUACAGCAUCGAGGGUCCUGGAGUGGAGGCCUUCAAGAUUGAUAAAAACUCCGGGCUCAUCACAUCCCGAAGACACCUACAGUCUUAUGAGAGGUUCAAUCUGACAGUGGUGGCAACAGACAAAGGCAGGCCACCUCUGUGGGGAACCACCAUGCUCCAGGUGGAGGUCAUUGACAUUAAUGAUAACCGGCCAGUGUUUGUCCGGCCACCCAAUGGCACCAUCCUGCAUAUUAAAGAGGAAAUACCUCUCCGGUCCAAUGUGUAUGAAGUCUAUGCCACAGACAAGGAUGAGGGUCUCAAUGGAGCUGUACAGUACAAUUUAUUGAAAACUGGAGCAGGGAAUAAAGACUGGGAGUACUUCAGCAUCGACUCCAGCAGUGGACUCAUCCAGACAGCAAGGAGGCUCGACCGAGAAAAGCAAGCAGUGUACAAUCUGAUCAUCGUGGCAUGUGACCAGGGCCUGCCCGCGUAUGAGACCAUGCAGCCUCUCCAGGUGGCACUGGAUGACAUUGAUGACAAUGAGCCCAUCUUCCUGAGACCACCUAGAAGUAGCCCUCAGUAUCAAGCUCUGUCUGUUCCUGAACAUUCCCGUCCUGGUACCAUUGUGGGGAAUGUCACUGGUGCUGUGGAUGCAGAUGAGGGCUCCAAUGCCAUCGUCUAUUACUUCAUAGCAGCUGGUAACAGGGAGAACAAUUUCAAGUUAAGCCAGGAGGGGAAGCUUCAGGUGCUACGAGACCUGGAUCGAGAGACAGAGCCCUAUUACUCCAUCAUUGUCAAAGCCUCCAGUAACAGGAACUGGACACCUUCUAGGGGUCACAGGGCAGCCAGAAUCCAGGACUUGGACCCCAGCACAGACACCACUCUGCAAGAAGUCCGGAUCUUUCUGGAUGAUAUUAAUGAUCAGCCUCCCCGAUUCUCUAAAUCAGAAUACACAGCAGGGGUUGCGACGGAUGCCAAGGUGGGUUCAGAGCUGAUCAGGGUAGUGGCACUGGACUCUGAUGUGGGGAACAAUAGCCUGGUCUUGUACAACAUCCUGGGGAUCCGUUACAUCAAGCAGCACUCCAAUGACUCGGAGGAGGUGGCCAGCGUCUUCAGUAUUGGUAACUUGGAUGGGAUCCUGCGAACCUUUGACCUUUUCACAGCCUACAACCCUGGCUACUUUGUGGUGGAUAUCAUGGCUUCAGACCUAGCAGGGCAUAAUGACACUGCCAUUGUCGGAAUCUACAUCUUGCGUGAUGACCAGAGGGUGAAAAUCAUCAUCAAUGAGAUCCCAGACAAGGUGCGGCAAUUUGAGGAAGAGUUCAUCAGUCUGUUGUCCAACAUCACAGGAGCCAUUGUCAACACAGAUGAUGUGCAGUUCCAUGUGGACAAAAAGGGCCGUGUGAACUCUGCCCAGACAGAGUUGCUGAUCCACGUGGUGAAUAGAGAAACCAAUAGGAUUCUGGAUGUGGAGCGAGUGAUCCAGAUGAUUGAUGAGAAUAAGGAGCAGCUGAGGAAUCUCUUCAGGAAUUACAACGUGUUGGACGUGCAGCCUGCCAUUACUGCCAGGGCCCCAGAUGACCUCUCAGAACUGCAGAUGGCAAUUAUCAUCUUGGCUAUUCUCCUCUUCCUGGCUGCCAUGCUCUUCAUCCUCAUGAACUGGUACUACAGAACAGUACACAAAAGGAAAUUAAAAGCUAUCGUGGCCGGCUCAACAGGAAACCGAGGCUUCAUGGACAUCAUGGACAUGCCAAACACAAAUAAAUAUUCCUUUGAUGGGGCUAACCCUGUGUGGCUAGAUCCUUUCUGCAGGAAUAUGGAGCUAGCAGCACAGGCAGAGCAUGAAGAUGACCUGCCUGAGAACCUGAGUGAAAUCACAGACCUGUGGAACAGCCCAACCAGGACUCAUGGAACAUUUGGAAGAGAGCCCUCUGCUGCCAAACCUGACGACGACCGUUACCUGCGAGCAGCCAUCCAGGAAUAUGACAACAUUGCCAAACUAGGUCAGAUCAUGCGGGAAGGGCCCAUCAAGCUGAUCCAGAAUGACCUGGAUGAAGAGGAGGAGCAGAGCCUGAACCAGAGGAGCCUUCGGUUCCGGCGCAAGCAACCUGUAGAGUUCAAAAGCCCAGAUGGUAUCCAUGUGGUGCAUGGCAGCACAGGCACUCUGCUAACUUCUGAUAUCAACAGCCUGCCGGAGGAUGACCAGAAAGUUCUGGGUCGGUCCCUGGAGACACUGAACACAGACUGUGGAGGCUAUAAUGACCGCAACACUCGCACUGAGUCUGCCAAAUCCACCCCCAUGCACAAGAUGAGGGAGGUGAUUGUGGAGAGCCCACUGGAGAUCACAGAGUUAUGACUAGAAGUGGCAUCACUCGUCUAGCAUUCCAAGAAAGCGUGGCCAAGCAGAUAGUCACUGCAAAAAGAAAAAACAGACACGGGGCAAGAGGGUAGACAAGAACCUGGUGCCCUAAUCACAGCCCCAAAAACUAAUCCUACAGAGAGAGCCAACUGUUUUGUUUUGAUACAACAGCCUUGGGGAGCCUUACCUUGGUGGAGGGCUUUCAGGACUGUGCUUUACUAGAAGCGCACAUCAUUUGAUCAUUAAAUUCAUAUUUUUUUAUUUUUUUAAAAAAUAUCAAAGAUUAAAAGUUUCAAAACAGAAGAAGAGAAGCCCUGUGGAAUAGAGACAUGAACUACUAAUGUUUAGGGUUGCAAAAAACCUGCACCACAUGGGUACAAAGACUCAAGACUUGCAUAUUUCCUCAAGUCGCCUAUGGCUGCAUCAGUGCAUCCUCCUGCUGUGCAUGAGACAGGAGCACAUCACACCAGGGUGGGGGAAGAAGGUUCUGGGGCUGAUGUGGCAUUCCAAGAAGCCUAUAAAGGGAGUCUGAAUCUGUUUGACAUUAAUCUGUGUCAUCACCUUUACAGGAAGAGAAAACAAACCGAAGACAUUUCUCCAUUUUGCUGGCUUACCAAAUCAUAUACGACGUCAGCCAGAAACAGACUGACAUUAACUUGGGUUUUGAAUGUAGAGUGUUCGUGAGUAACUUUUUUUGUUUGUUUGUUUGUUUGUUUGUUCCGUUUCUAAUAGUAACUUGUUGAGAGUUUUGGGAAUGGUCUGUUAAAUGAACCAGAAAUACAAUAUGAAUUUGGUUAACCUGUCCAUUCUUGUUUCUUUUUCACUACCAAGGGGCACUUCACUGGGGAAGGUGUUGGAUUUACAUAGCUCUCAAUGCUCACUCAUCUGUGUAUACACUGCUAUAUAUCAGCAAG